AUGGACUCUACUAAUCUACAUCAACUUCAAGAUCAGUUACAGCUUGUAGGGUCUUCUUCUUCUUCGUCUUCCUUGGACAAUAAAUCUGACCCUUCUUGCUAUGGAGCUUCCUCUGCCCAUCAAUGGAGUCCAGGAGGUAUUUCUUUGAAUAGUGUGAGCUUGAGUCAUAGCUAUAACAAUGAGAUGUUAAUUAACACAAGGAAUCAAGACAACAAUACAAGUGAAUGUAUGAGCCUCUCUAACAUCCACAAUCACUCCUUGAUCCAACAUCAAGACUUUCCAUUACAAUAUCCUCAUGACCAAUCUUCCUAUCAUCAUCACGAUCAAGGGCUUCACAAGAUAAAAGAAGAGCUUUCCUCAUCAACUACCUCAGACCAUCAACAAGGCAUGCCCAAGUUCACAGACAUGUUAAACAGUCCAGAGAUCACAAACUAUUUGAAGAUCAAUGAACACAAAGACUACAGUGAAAAGCUUCUUUUCAAGACUAUAUCUUCCGGGUUCCCCAUUAAUGUAGAUUAUUCCAGCAGCCUUCCCUCUUCUUCUUCUUCUUCUUCUUCUUCACCUUCUUCUCAGUCUCAUCGAGGCAGUUUCAGUCAAAUUUACCCAAGCGUGAACAUAUCGAGCUUGAGCGAGUCUCGGAGGAUGAGCAAGGACAUGAGCAACAUCCCAAGACCAUUUGAUAUGAACAUGCAAGUUUUGGAUGGAAGAUUGUAUGAAGGGAAUGUCUUAGUUCCUCCAAUAAAUUCUCACGAGAUUAGUAAUUUUGGGAUGAAUAGAGGAAGCUUUCCUCCUUUUGGCGUCCCUUUUCAUCAUCAUCUGCAACAAACACUUCACCACCCUUCUUCUUCACCUACUCAUCAAAUGGAAAUGUUCAGCAGCGAACCUCAAACAAGCGAAGGGAAGAGACAUAACUUCUUGAUGGCGACAAAGGCAGGCGAAAAUGCUUCCAAGAAACCGCGCGUGGAAUCACGCUCCUCUUGCCCACCCUUCAAGGUGAGGAAAGAAAAGUUAGGAGACAGAAUAGCAGCUCUGCAACAAUUGGUUUCACCCUUUGGGAAGACAGAUACAGCAUCUGUAUUGAUGGAGGCAAUAGGAUACAUCAAAUUCCUACAGAGCCAGAUUGAGACUCUUAGCGUCCCCUACAUGAGAGCAUCUAGGAACCGACCCGGAAAAGCUUCGCACCUGGGGUCAUUACCACAAGAAGCGGAUGAGGAAGAGACCAGAGAUCUAAGAAGCCGUGGGCUAUGUCUCGUGCCAUUAUCAUGCAUGACUUAUGUUACCGGGGAUGGCGGGGAUGGAGGAGGCGGUGUUGGUAGCGGGUUUUGGCCAACGCCGCCUGGUUUUGGUGGUGGAACUUAG